AUGUGGGGGUUCUCGCCCGCCUACGACGUGUGCAGCGGACUUCCCGAGUGGGAGAAGAGCGACAAAUCCAGCGCAGCAGGCAGCUCAAGUGCGGAUGCCAACGAGGAGAAAGCGUCUGCGGAGCCGAUCAACAUUUUGCUGGCUGGGCCCGGGGAUGUGCGCCACGUGCUGGCGACUAUUGCGCGCCGCCGUCGAUGGGACCCAGCGCUGACCCAUCGACCCGUGCACAUUUACCUGUUCGAGAAAGCCAUCGAGACGCUCUCACGGGACUUACUGCUGCUUCAAGUUGCACUUGACAAGAGUCUCCCUUUGCGCCAACGCUGCAACACCUUUCUGGAGAUUUUCGGCAAUGCUCGAGUGCAGGAGAGGACGAGUGCCUACAUCGAAGAGCAGGCAAAGCUGCUGAUGGACUUUGUCUACAACGAUCGAGGUCCGUUUGCGGGUCUUGUUGAUCUCUCGCACCUGAAGAUGCGAACUCACGACGACCUCAUCGACACGUUCCGAAGCUGGUUUCAAAGUGUCAAGUUUGAUGUCGACACACUUCGAGAUCAUCGUCUCCGUCACUACUACGAAGUUCGAUACGACUACCGAGACAACCUGAUCGACUGGGACUACACCAUGAAUCUCAAGAAGAUCGAAAAUGCCAGCGUGAUUCACAUUCGCCAGUAUCGCGACUGGAGGAACUCGGGCGUGGCGUUUGAAUUCGGUGACCAAACGUACACGGUGCCAAACCGCACGAUGGCAGCGUAUACGGAGGCAAAGAAGAAACGCCACGGGUCCGUGUUGUGCCGAGGCAUGUGGACUGACAUUAUCGUGAGUCCCUAUAUAUCGUUCGGUGUCCACUGUGAGAAGCCAAACAAGUUUGCAGAGCAGCUCUUCGAGAUUCACAACAUGGGGACGGGCGUUGAGCAGAACCGCCAUAACACGGUGGAAGUUGCAGUGUACAACGUGCUCUCGUAUCUGUACGAGAUCGAGACGGGGGAAACGUACAAAAUGGAAAAGAUCAUUCCGCUGACAGGAAACAUGGAGGAUUUAUUAUCGAAAAAGCGCUACACGAACCUAUUCGACUACGCUUUUAUUUCAUCACAGCAGUGCCACACACUUCAGCCCUCUGACGACGUGGAGGAACAUGCGAAAGCGACUUUCACGAACAUUUUGAAGUGCGGUGCAGCUGUCGACGUCGAGUCGUCUGUGUUCAUGCUGCCCCUGAAAGAAGAGCAACGUGCUCUCUACGUGGCGAAGUUGCAGGAGUGGAUGGCGCGCCAUACACUAAAGCCCACCUACCGCUUCAGCAGCAGGAGCGAACCCUCCUGCCAAGACAUGACCGAGAUCAAGAACGCAGUGCUGCGUUUUAGCUACACUGGGAAAACAGUCUGA